UCGCGCACAGAAGGCGCGGGGUGAGCUUGCGCGCUGUACUCUGUGGUUUGUACGUCACUCGUCACUCGUCAGUCGUACGCUCGUGUUUAUCGGAGCGGACGUGAGUUGCGCCGAUGUCCGAUAUAUUAAAAAAAUAUAUAUCGUAUUUGUUUUUUCAUGUUUUCCGUCUGUGACUAGCGAGAUAGCUGAGAUGAGAAUUUUUUUGUGAAGUGACCGGUCGGUAUAUUUUUUUUGUUGCAUUCGAUAUCGGGAAAGUGUUUUCCACCGCGUCCGUAGCGGGCGGGUUCUAGCCCGUAGUGUUGUCUCGGUGGAUGGUGGGACGCCAGGGGGCGCCGGGGCGCGGCCGGCGGCGCCGCUAGCAAAAUGUCGAUACCCCUCAACCGGGAGACUGUUCUACCCACGCAGGUGUGUGCUUCAUGAUUUUAUAACAAUUCGAUAAUUUGUAUGGCGCGUGCGUUGUACGACAAUAUAGCGGAGUCGCCGGACGAGUUGGCGUUCAGACGAGGCGACCUCCUCACAGUCCUGGAGCAGAACACUGGCGGCAGCGAGGGCUGGUGGCUCUGCUCGCUCAGAGGAAGACAGGGAAUAUGCCCCGGAAACAGGCUGCGUAUAGUGGCCGGGGUUUUCGACGCAAGUUCCGCUCUACAGAGGCGACGCACGCGCACCCCCGCCCCCGUCGCCCACCAACCACUCCCCUCACAACAGUCACCCGCCUUCACAAAAAUCGAGGAAUGCUCUCAUUACGAUGUCCCUCGGGCUCCCAUGCCGGUUCAACGUAUUAUCGGUACGUACGAUUGUCCCCGGUCGCAAGGGGACUGGUACGACGCCCCUCGUGCGCCGCGGCCGGCCAGUGCGGACUCCGCCUGCAGUGGCACGGGUUCCCUGACGUCGGCCACAUCCAGCGCCUCCGCCAACUCGGGCAGUUCAGCGAACUCAGCUUCCAGCACUUAUGAUGUACCCAGAUCCCGAGCCUUGCCGCUGCCGUGCGACGCCGCCAUGGAGGCCUUAGAACGGUUACAGGAGGAGGCGUCUACGGCAGUUUCCCGCCUGCUGUCCUAUGUCACACCGGGCUGGCGGCGGCGCGGGGCGUUGCGACCGCGCGUGCUAGACGUGCGUGUUGCGGGCGCUCGUCUGCGAGCAGCCUUACACGACCUCGCCGUGUUCGCUGACGCUACACUGGCCAACGCUCAUGAUGCACAAGACAAAGGUAUCGCAGUAAAGCUACGGCCACUAGUGAAGGCUUUAAAGGACGCCGAGCGGAUCACACACGAGGCCACCAGCGCGCUCGACGCCGGCGACUGGGCCCCGGAGCGGCUGGAGCGCGACAGGGAGCCCACGGACGGCACGCACGACGCGCUCGACCAGCUCGUCGCGUGUGCGCGCUCCCUCACCGAGGACGUGCGCCGAGCCGCGUCCUUCAUACACGGAAACGCCUCACUACUGUUCAGGCGUUCCGCGACAGUUCCUGAACACGAGUGGACUGAGGAGUACGAUUACGUGAGGUUGGAGUCUAGGAGCGCCGUUGGCCGGAGGAACGCCGAGAUCCGGGCAGCUCUGCCGGACAAACUCAGGGCCUCCUUCGACGCGCUCGUCCGCGACGCGGACCAUGCGGGCGAGGUGAGUGCUGUAGCAGCUGCAACCCGCCUUCCAGCGGAUGAUCGCCAGCUGGCCGCGUUCUACGCCGCGCAGACGGCUACGUACGGAGCGCACCUCUCGACCGCCGUGGAAGCCUUCCUCAGGACCAUCGACAUGGGACAACCGCCUGACGUGUUCCUCGCACACGGCAAGUUCGUGGUGCUCAGCGCGCACAGGAUCGUACACGUCGGGGACACCGUGCACAGGAGCGCUCAGCACUCGGGGCUGAAGUCAAAAAUACUAAGGUGUUCGGACGCACUAUCGGACUCGUUAGCGGCGACCGUGGCCAAAACUAAAGCGGCGGCGCUGCAGUUCCCUUGCGCGAGCGCGGUGGCCGAGAUGGCUGAGGCGGCGCGGACCUUGGCCGCCAGGGCGCAGGAGUUGAGACGAGCCCUAGUGAGAGCGGCCGAACCACCUCAAGACACACCCUCUACCACGGUGCCGCCGUCCUCCACCACGACACCUCUCACCCCACUCACGCCGCUCGCACCUCACCCCACCACCACCCUCCCCGUAUUAUAAACCGGCUACAGCGACUCCAUGUCCACAAGUUCCUCGCCCGGCUGCCUCGCUGAUGGCUGCAGUCGGUGUGACGGCUGUGUAGGUGAUCUAUUGUCACCCGUGAUUUUGUGUACUUAAUGUCAGCUCGCUCCACGGGCCUGCGGUCGGCCGCCGACGAGCCGGCGACGCUCGCGUGGACGGAACAUAACCAAAGAAAUCGAGUAACGGAUACGCGACUUGAAGGUAGACUGCCGAUUAGUCUAUAGCUAUGUAAAGUUUCUAAAGUAAACAAUGUUGCCAUAUACAAUAACGGGAGCUGCCAUUAGUUUAUUUGAAUUUUUGACUGUACGUUUUUAUUUCGGGAUGCUCAUUUGCCUUAGUGAGUUGAGUUGUCCGUCCAUUGAUAUACAAUAGCGCACAAUGUAAUGUUUUUUGUGUAAAAUGUGAGUCUUAUGUUGUGCGUCGUCGAGUGGCUGCGUGUCAUGUUCAAAACGGUACAAAUAAUCGUACGCGCUUGUACAUACCACUGACAUAUCCCUUAGGAGAAUUUGUUGAGAUUUUGUCAUUGUGAUGUCUGAGACUUCGGAUUCGAUAUUUGAAUGCGAUUGAAUUGUAAUGUUCCUCAAACGUUUUUUACGUGAUGAUGUAAUUAAUGAUGUAAGUUGUUUUAGAAGUUCAAUUACUGUGACUGAUUUUGGGAUAUUAAUUAAAUAGCUAUAUGGCUCAAUUAUAACGUAAAUUUGUCUUUUGUGAUUUUUUUUUUAUUAGAAUUUUAUGAUAUCGGCUUUAUCGAAAUUCCUUUGACACCGAACGAGUGGAUAUAAUUGACGGACGAAAGAAGAUAAAAGUUAUGCUUUUAUCUGUAACUAAAUGUUUAGAUGUACGUGUGAAUACAUCGCCUCGUGAUUGUUAAGACGAACGAAGUUUAAACAAAUAAGAAAUGUAAAAUAAGUGUUCGAUAAACUCGCCACAAGAAAUAAAUACCUCGACCAUCAAAACAAUGUAAAGUAAAUUAUAUAUAUAUGUAACAUUAAUUUGAAACGUAAAAUGCUGUUUAAAUAUAGUCCGUUAUGAGAUGUAUGUAACUGUUACGCAUUUAAACUGCCCUAGCGACGUCAGACGAGGCCCGUCCCAGAGACGAGCGCGCGUCGGUAACUUGUAUUUUAUGAAUAUAUUUCGCUGUAGUUUCGAUGAUAAGUAUUGUAUCAGUGUAAAAACAUGUUGUAUAUUAGCAAUGUGUAAUAUAUUUUCUAGAUGUGGCAGCGUAGCUAGGUUUAGACGGAAUUGUACAAAUAAUAAUUUUAUUAAUGACUUUAAAUUUAAUCAUCUUGUAAAACGCAAUUAAGUUAAUAAUAAAAAUUUCGUAUUUAA